AUGAAGUGGCUUUUGCUUCUAGGGCUGGUGGCUCUCUCCCAGUGCCUUGUGACCAAAGUCCCCCUGAAGAAAACCAAAUCCAUAAGACAAAGCCUUAAAGAACAUGGACUGCUGGAAAAAUACCUGCAGACACAUCAUCUUAACUUGGGUACAAAGUACUUCCCCAGCCUUGCCAAUGAAAAUGCUGCUGAGCCCUUGGAAAACUACAUGGAUAUCGAGUACAUUGGCACCAUCUCCAUUGGUACUCCAGCCCAGCAGUUUGUAGUCCUUUUUGAUACCGGCUCCUCUAACUUGUGGGUCCCUUCUGUGUACUGUUCAAGCUCAGCCUGCUCAAACCACAACCGCUUCAACCCCCAGGACUCUUCCACCUAUCAAGCCACCAGCCAGAGCGUCUCUGUCACAUAUGGCACUGGGAGCAUGACUGGAUUCCUGGCCUAUGAUACUGUCCAGGUUGGAAGCAUUGUGGUCACAAACCAGAUCUUUGGUCUGAGUGAGACUGAGCCUGGCAGCUUCCUUUAUUACUCUCCCUUCGAUGGCAUCCUGGGUCUGGCUUACCCCAGCAUUGCCUCCUCUGGUGCCACCCCUGUCUUUGACAACAUGAUGAGUGAAGGUUUGGUGUCCCAGGAUCUCUUCUCCGUCUACCUGAGCUCUGAUGACCAGAGUGGCAGCUUUGUCAUGUUUGGUGGUGUAGAUACCUCCUACUAUUCUGGAAGCCUCAACUGGGUGCCUCUUUCUUCAGAGUCCUAUUGGCAGAUCACUCUGGACAGCAUCACCAUGAAUGGCCAAUCCAUUGCUUGCUCUGGUGGCUGCCAAGCUAUUGUUGACACCGGUACCUCUCUGUUGGCUGGUCCCCCUAAUGGCAUUGCUAACAUUCAGUACUACAUUGGUGCCAGUCAGUCCUCCAACGGUGAGUAUAUGAUCAGCUGCAACUCCAUGAGCAGCCUGCCUGACCUUAUCUUCACCAUCAAUGGCAUUGAAUUCCCUCUGCCUGCCAGUGCCUACAUUCGUCAGGGCCAAAAUGGCUAUUGCACAUCUGGCUUUGAAGGCAUUGAUAUCCCUACUCAAUCUGGUGAACUCUGGAUCCUUGGAGAUGUCUUCAUCCGUCAGUACUACUGUGUCUUUGACAGAGCAAACAACCAGGUUGGCUUGGCCCCCGUGGCGUAAAUGUGACACCAUCCAUUGGCAAAACAACUCCCUAACAAAGGGAAGCUUUAAUUUCUUGGAACUAAAU